UUUUCUGUUGUCAAUUUUAUACCCUGUUACCCAGUUUCGGAGCUGCACAGAUGGCUAAGUGCAUGAAGAUUUGAUCCAUUUCAAACGUGACCAUGUGGAUUAAACAGCUAUUAGGAAUAAGAUCAGGCCCUCCGAUAGGAAGCCAUGCUUGGAUAUUGAUAGCCAUUUUUCAACUAGCCAUGGAUUUUAUAAUUUGUGAAUCGGGGUCGCCGAGUACGGCGUACAGAUAUCUACAGCGACCAUCGCUGGAACAUAGGAUACAAAACACAGCAUUAUGGAACCCAAAGGGAAGGCCAAAGCCAAGAAGUCAGAAGUAUUUUUGGAGUCCGUUUACAAACUUACAGCAGGGCGGUGGUUCUCAGCUGGAAUCACAGCAUUUAAAUUUGUAUCAUAAAGACUUUGACAGCAGUUUUUCUAGAAAUGUGCCAUUACAGUACUCCACAGGAGCAAAAACACUUCGUUCAACGCAAGGACUAAGAGACUUGCUUAAAAUUACUCAUUUGAAAAGGGGUAAGAGACAGCUCCAAAGAAGAAGUUGGAAUAACUUAAGGCCUUUCUUGGACCUUGAAAGUCAGCCCACCACCAUGUCGGAGUUUAUUUUAUGGGGGCCGACAGGGGACGAUGACUUUGUGGAGUCCAGCACAAUCCCUGGGAUUUAUGAGACCACAAGAACCUCUACCACGCCAGCUAGGACGACUUUGGUGGGGACCACAACGUCCACCACUAGCUCCACAACCACGCAGUCUAAAGACCUGACGUCACAGAACCCUGUGGUGCACAGGGGCAAAAAAACACCUGGAAGGAUUAGCACAACAGAACCGUACCCUGGAAAUGGGAAAGCUGCUAGACCACCAAGGAUACCCAAUGACACCUCAGGUCUUGCGGUCCACCAGAUAAUCACCAUCACUGUCUCCCUAAUCAUGGUCAUUGCAGCAUUGAUAACAACUCUCGUCCUGAAAAAUUGCUGUGCACAAAGUGGAAACGCUCGGCGGAACAGCCACCAGCGAAAAAUUAAUCAGCAGGAAGAGAGCUGCCAAAAUUUAACGGACUUUACCCCAGCUCGAGUCCCCAGCAACAUAGAUAUAUUUACCGCCUACAACGAGACCUUGCAGUGUUCUCACGAAUGCGUUCGGACCCCCGUGCCCGUAUAUGCCACGGAGGAAACGUUGCACCAAACCACAGCUUAUAAGACAGCCUUCAAUGGUAAUAGACCUACUUCCUCUGAUCGGCACCUAAUUCCUGUGGCCUUUGUGUCUGAGAAAUGGUUUGAAAUCUCCUGCUGACUGGCUGAAGUCUGUUUUUCUUCCUGAGGGCAGGGCAGACGCCAUGUUUCAGUUUACUGGAUUCCAUUAGUGAACCUGUAAAAAAAAAUAUAUAAAAAAACAGGUGUCUACUAUUUUUGUUUACCACUGGGACUCACAGAGCUGAACUCUACUGGACAAAUAUAUUUUUAUAAAAAUGUAAAGAGACUGCUUUUUUGUUUCUGUCGAUGAACAUGUUUUUUUUUGUUUUGUUUUUGAAUAGAAGACAAAUGAGAAAUCUAAAUUUUGACAACUAGAGAAAAUUCUUAAAACAUAGGACUGACCAUGAAAAAAUUUUGGAUUUGGACUGUGAUUUUUUGAACCUGUGCCAAUAAUACCGAUAUGUGCCAUGAAUUGAUAACAUAGAAAAACGUCCACAGAAACUGACAUUAAGUGAAUCCUUUAAAAAACGAAAAAAA